UCAGGCCCCGAUAUGCGUGGAUUAGUGGUCUGGACCCUUUUAUCUCUCUCCUCCCCCUCCUCCCCCUCCCCCUCCAGGGGUGGCAGGGUUAACAGCAAAAUGAUGAAUUUUGACUCCGCUCCUCAAAUGAAUGAAUACUCGGCUAGAAAUGAUAGAAGUGAACACGGUCGCCAGAUUCAACCCUUGGAAUGCCAGAAUAAGGAGGGAAAUCAAAAGGGUGUUUGUAUGUUCGCUUGGAACUGCGUAGAGGCAGGAGGGAAACAUUUAGGAACAUGUAUUGACAGAUUUUAUUUUGGGAGUUGUUGUCUUCUGCCUGAUAGUGUAAACAGUAUAGAUACUGUGGGAGAUAGUGAUAAACUUGAUUCAUUGAUACAAUCUACCUCUUCAACAUCAACAUCUACAACAACAUCAACAUCAACAACAACAUCAACAACAACAACAACAACAACAACAACAACAACAACAACAACAACAACAAAAACAACAACAUCAACAACAACAUCAACAGAAACCACAUCAACAGUAACAACAAUGCAAUCUUCAGCCCUGAAUUCAGAAACAGUUGUUCCUGACUUGUUAGUUGAUGUAACCUUGGAUCUAGAGAGUUUAACGCAACAUGGAGAUGUAGAUGAACAAGUUACUAAUGAAGAUGUAGCUGAGCAGGUUACUGAUGGAGAUGUGUCUGACCAGGUUUCUGAUGGAGAUGUAACUGAACAAGUUACUAAUGAAGAUCUAGCUGAGCAGGUUACUGAUGGAGAUGUAACUGAACAGGUUACUGAUGGAGAUGUAGCUGAACAAGUUACCAAAGAACCAGAAAUGCCAGAUAAUACUGAACUGAAUAUUGAACCUUCAACAAGUGAAUCUGAAGAAGAUGGCGAUGUAAAUGAGUCUACUGAAACUAUGACAGAAGCUACAGAAGAUACGGGAGUCUCUGAAGUUCCAGAAGCUUUGAAAAUAACCGAAUCAUCAAAAGUUGAGGAAACAUCCACUGAAUCAGCUCUUGAAUCAAAUAACUCAUCUGAAUUAGAAGGAAUAGACGCCAACACAACUGAUGCAGUCGAGGCUAUUACUGACAUCUCCAAUGCCGAAGCUGCAAUAACAGAAGAUCCCGAAAGUAGUGAAGCAGUCACUGAUGGUCCUAAUACUGAUUCCCAAGAGUUGAAUUUAUCUGUAACGGAAGUUACAAAUGGAGUUGAGGUGGUGUCUGAUGCCAGCAAAGGCUCUGAAAAUUUAGCAAAUGUUCCUGAUGUGGUUUCUAUUAACACAUAUGCCCCUGGCACUGAAGAAGUUACAACAAAUGGAGUAGAAGAUAUAAAGGAAGUUUUGGAAGAAGUAACUAACACUAUUGAGGAAGGUUCUUCUUCAAAUGAAGUGGAGGAAACUGUAACAGAAGUUUCAGGAUCAUCUGAAGGUUCAACAAAUGCUUCAGAGGAUACCAAUACAAUUGUAACAAACACUAUUAUAUCUGAAGAAGCAUCUACAGAUGUUGAUGAAGUAAAGUCCACAACUAGUGAACCUGCUGAAGCAUCUACCGCACUCCCCGUAACCUCUGAAAUAGCUAAUACCUCUGAAUCCACAUCUGAAUCUGAAUCCACUUCUGAAUCUGCAUCCACAUCUGAAUCUGAAUCAGCAUCUGAAUCCACAUCUGAAUCUGAACCAACAUCUGAAUCUGAAUCCACACCUGAAUCCACAUCUGAAUCUGAAUCCCCUGCGACUGUUCCAGUAAUCCCUGAAGUGACUCUAACUACAGAGAUUGCUGUUGAUUGGAUCCCAGUUUCCAUUGUUCAGGAGGGUACAGUUGUUAACACCUCCGUCGUUGAGGAAGCAACAACAGUGGACACAGCUAUUAAUGUUACCAAAGAAACAGCUACUGAAGAAACUGAAAAUUCCAAUACCAAAGAAUCAGUCACAGACUCUUCAGAUGAAUCUACAACUGAAUCAUAUUCUACAGAAUCUUCAGCUUCUACUAAUGCAUCUUUAACAGACGAAGAGGGUCCUUCGGGGACGAUUUCGUUUUCAGAUAACUUCAAUCCUUCAGACAUGUUUACUAUUGGAGAGAACGGGCAUGUUAAGCCAUCAGCGGAGGCUGUAGUGGCUGAAAUAGAGGAGCUAGAAGACAGUUUGUUAGAUAAACCGCUACGGGAUUGGACCUAUCAAAGUAUUUGUGGAAGACAGCCCUGGCUUAAUGAAACUUUCAGAUUGAGGCAGUCGUCCCCCAGAUCAGGCAGAAAAAUCGAGAGCAGCAGAACAUCAAAACUUUGGAACUAUUUCAGAGAAAGCAAGAUUGUAAAUGGUGACAGAUCUGAGUAUGGGGAAUGGCCUUGGCAAGUCUCUCUAAGACAAUGGAGAACAGCAACUUUCCUGCAUAAAUGUGGAGCUGCGCUACUCAAUGAAAACUGGGCUAUCACAGCAGCACAUUGUGUCGAGGGGGUUGAACCGGAUUUGUUGUUGCUGCGAAUGGGAGAAUAUGAUCUCGACGAUCAAUAUCCAGAACCUUACGCAUUUCAGGACAGAAAAGUUGCAAUUGUGAUAACACACCAGCAGUUUGAUCCGAAAACUUUUGAAUACGAUCUUGCCUUGCUACGGUUCCAUGACCCAGUUGAGUUCCAGCCGAACAUUGUACCGGUCUGCCUGCCCGAAGACGACAGGGACAUGAUGGGACAGACGGCAUGGGUCACUGGCUGGGGCAGAUUAUACGAAGAUGGUCCUCUGCCAAGUGUACUGCAGGAGGUGGAUCUACCAAUAAUAAACAAUACCCAGUGUGAAGUUAUGUACGAGAAAGCGGGAUACAGGGAGCAUAUACCAAACAUAUUUAUUUGUGCCGGAUAUAGAGAAGGAGGGAAAGAUUCUUGUGAGGGUGACUCGGGUGGUCCAAUGUCUGUACGGCGUGAAGAUGGAAGAUACCAGCUGUCUGGUGUAAUAUCCUGGGGGAUAGGGUGUGCGGAGAAAAACCAACCUGGAGUUUACACAAGAAUAUCUAAGUUUAAAGAAUGGAUUCUUCAAAUUAUUCAAUUCUAAUUUUCAUGUACAGAAAAUGUGCACAGAAACCUUAGAUAUGCAAGCUAAGUAUACUUACCCCUCUUUAAAUGUGUAUUUUGCAUAUUGUUAGUAAGUACAAUGUACUACAUUCAGUUUUGAAUCGUUCCUAGUCGAUUUUUUGUGACUUUCAAUGUCUUAAGACAUUUAUUUUAUUUUGUGGGCCUUACUGUGCUAAAAUCUUAGUCCUGGAGUUAGAACUUUUGUAUUGUUAAUCUCAGGAUCAAGCAUUGAUCUCUCCAUCUAAUGCAGAUCAACAGAUUGAUUUAAUUCUUUGAUAUCCUGUGGUGUUCACUUAUACUCUGCAGUGAUAACUAAAUUCAAGGGAUCGUCAAAUUUAAAAGUGUCAACUUUGAAUAUCGAGAACAACGAUACUCAGAGUACAAAAGUUGCAGCCUCUGAAUGUAUUAAAUGUGAAAUGUAUGGAGACUGUUAAUUUUUAUAUUUGUCGUAAAACUAAAAAGUUCAGGGAUUAAAAGGACUGUCGGCGUUA